AUGGCAGCUAAUAAUAAGUUGCCUCUCAUUUUCGCCUUACUGUUCUCCGUUCCUCUCAUCUCCUUUGCAGCUCGUGUGCCAUCUCCAGUCGCCGGGAGAGGCGCCGGCCACUCAUUAGAUGAUAUUGGCAGGGGAAUCUUCCAUUGGAUAAAAGAGAGAAGGAAUCAUUCGUACGAAGGUCAGUUCAACGGCGGCCACUGGGGCUACCUGUCGUCGUCGUCCGGCGGCGCCGCCGUGCAGGAGGACCAUAUAGCGCCUCAUUUGCUACUGGGCAUUGGCACGCCGGCGGUGAACAUCACCCUCGUGUUCGACACCACCAGCGACCUCCUCUGGACGCAGUGCCACCCAUGCCUCGACUGCGUCCCGCAGGCAGGCCACAUCUACGACCCCAGCAAAUCAAAAACCUUCGCAAACUUGACUAAACACUAUAAUUACAGCUACAGUGAAGAAGCUUUCACCUCAGGCUACCUCGCCACCGAGACGUUCGCCAUGGGAGACGCUACCGUGCCGAACAUCACCUUCGGCUGCGGCACGCGCAACCAGGGCUACUACGACAACGUGGCCGGCGUCGUCGGCCUCGGCCGCGGCGGCGCCGUGUCUCUCCUCAGCCAGCUUGGUUUCGACAGGUUCUCCUACUGCUUCUCGUCGAGCGAUGCACCGGGCUCCAGCUACGUCUCCUUGGGCGGCUCCGGCGAGCUAGCCAACAACAACACCCUCGCCGCGUCCACUCCCAUGGUUGCAGACCCCGUGCUGAAGUCCGGCUACUUCGUCAGGCUCGUCGGCGUGACGGUGGGCGCGACGCGGGUCGCCGCCGGCGGCGCAGCGGCGGGGGGCGGCCUCUCGCUCGUCAUCGACAGCACGUCGCCCGCCACCGUCCUCGACGAGGCGACGUACGCGCAGGUGAGGCGGGAGCUGGUCGCCCAGCUCAAGCCGCUGAAGGAGGCCAACGCCAACGCCAACGCCUCCGCGAACGUCGGGCUGAACCUCUGCUUCCAGCUCGCGGCGGGUGGUGGCACGGCGCCGCCGACGCCGCCGCCGAACGUGACGCUGCACUUCGACGGCGGCGCCGACCUGGUUCUGCUCCCGGCGAACUACCUGGCGGAGGACUCGGCGAGCGGGCUGCUCUGCCUGACGAUGAUGGCGUGGAAGGGCGUCCCCGUGCUGGGCAGCUUGGCGCUGAUGGACACGCAUGUGCUCUAUGACCUCGCCAAGAACGUCGUCUCGUUCCAGCCGCUCGACUGUGCAGCCAGAGGUUAA